AGAGCUAGGUAGCAGCAGCUGCUAGCCUCGAACAGACGACACAGGGGUAGCUAGCAGUUAGCCGUGCAGCUAGUCAUGGUGAAUGUAAAGAAGCGGAAAGGUCGAGUCGUGAUUGACUCCGACUCAGAAGACAGCGCCAGCGACGAUAAUUUAGAUCAGGAGCUGCUGUCUUUGGCAAAGAGGAAGAGGGUUGAUUCGGGUGAGCAGGAGGAGCCUGUUAGCAAACCAGCCGCUUCUACAGACUCUGAAACAUCCGACAGCGAUGAUGAGUGGACUGUGGGUGGCACCAAAGGCAAAAAGAAGGUUAAGCCGGGCAAAGGGUCUGAGAAGAAGAACGCUACAAAGAAGAAGGUUAAUAAAGCGACGGCGUCCGGCAGCUCAGAUGGCGACAGCUCAGCCGAGAGUUCUGCACCAGAGGAGGGCGAGGUGUCUGACUCGGAGAGCAACAGUUCUUCCUCCAGCUCCGACUCGGACUCCUCCGAGGACGAGGUGUUCAGGGACGGCUAUGAUGACGACCUGAUGGGCGACGCCGAGGACAGAGCUCGUCUGGAGCAGAUGACGGAGAAGGAGAGAGAACAGGAGCUGUUCAACAGAAUUGAGAAAAGAGAGGUGCUAAAGAGACGGUUUGAAAUUAAGAAGAAGCUGAAGACGGCAAAGAAGAAAGAGAAAGAGGAGAAGAAAAAGAAGCAGGAGGAAGAGCAAGAAAAAAGGAAGCUAUCUCAGGUUCAAGACACACAAGUGGUCAUGUCACAUAACAAGGAGAGACGAUCCAAACGUGAUGAAAAACUUGACAAAAAGUCGCAGGCCAUGGAAGAACUAAAAGCUGAACGUGAGAAGAAGAAAAACAAAACAGCCGAACUUCUGGCCAAACGUCUGCCCCUGAAGGCGAGCGAUGUUUACUCCGAUGACGAAGAGGAAGAGGAUGAAGACGAUGACAAGUCAUCUGUCAAAAGCGACCGGAGUUCACGUUCAUCGUCUUAUGAUGACGACGAAAAAGAGGAAACUCCACCGAAGUCGCAGCCAGUUUCACUCCCAGACGAGCUCAACAGGGUCCGUCUGUCCAGACACAAGCUGGAGCGCUGGUGCCACAUGCCCUUCUUCGCUAAGACCGUGACCGGCUGCUUUGUGAGGAUAGGAAUCGGAAACAGCAGCAGUAAACCAGUUUAUAGGGUGGCUGAAAUUGUGGAUGUAGUAGAGACGGCGAAGGUUUACCAGCUUGGAUCAACGCGGACAAACAAGGGAUUACAAUUAAGGCAUGGUGGUGACACACGGGUUUUCAGGCUUGAAUUCGUAUCAAAUCAAGAGUUCACAGAAAGUGAAUUCAUGAAAUGGAAAGAAGCGAUGAUGGUCGCUGGAAUGCAGGUUCCAACUCUUGAUGAAAUCACUAAGAAGGAGCAGUCCAUCAAAGAAGCUCUGAAUUAUAAGUUCAAUGACAAAGACAUUGAAGAUAUCGUUAAAGAGAAGGACAGAUUCCGCAAAGCACCACCAAAUUAUGCCAUGAAGAAAACGCAGUUACUCAAAGAUAAGGCCAUGGCAGAGGAAAGUGGAGACGGUGAGAAAGUGAAAGUGAUCCAGGAUGAGCUGAAUGAACUCGAGGAACGAGCAGAAGCUCUGGACAGACAGAGGACCAAGAACAUCUCUGCCAUCAGCUACAUUAAUCAGAGGAAUAGAAGCUGGAACAUUGUUGAAUCUGAGAAAGCUCUUGUGGCUGAAGGACAAAAUGCCAAAAACCAACAAAUGGACCCUUUCACACGAAGACAGUGCAAACCCACCAUGGUGUCGAAUGCCAGAGAUCCGUCGGUCCAUGCAGCUAUUCUCGCCCACCUGAACCAGAAGUAUGGCUCUGGGUCGGCACCCGACGCCUCCAGUGCUGAGAAGAACAAACUGGGACAAGCAAACCCGAAAGACAAAGACGUCCCCAAGCCAACCACUGACCUCUCAGAAGAUUUGUUUAAAGUUCACGAUUUCGACGUUAAGAUUGACCUGCAGGUUCCCAACGCAGAGGCAAAGUCUCUGUCUGUGAGCUCCAACGCCCUGCCGGUGAAGGACGGCGCCCCCCGCAGGUCCCUCAACCUGGAGGACUACAAGAAACGGAGGGGUCUGAUCUGAGGUGGCCAAUUCCUCAUUCAGAAGCAACAUUGCAUGUGUAACUGGUUGUGCACGAGAAAGAGUGUGUGUGUGUGUGUGUGUGUGUGUGUGUGUGUGUGUGUGUGUGUGUGUGUGUGUGUGUGUGUGUGUGUGUGUGUGUGUGUGUGUGUGUGUGUGUGUGUGUGUGUGUGUGUGUGUGUGUGUGUGUGUGUGUGUUGAGAAAAGUAUGAGUGUGUGUGAGUGUGUGAGGAUGCGAAUGUUGAUCCAACAGACUGUUCAUCCAAACACAGAGGAAACACUGAUUGAACAAAGACAACUCAUUUUUCUCAAAGGAUCUCUCGGAAGAAAACUUGUCCAGAUAUCUGUCGUUUUGUUAUUUUUGCAUUAUCACAGACAAACUCGUAUACUGAGUUGUGUUUUUUUAAUGUAUUUAACUCCUCUCCCUCUCUUUUGGAUCGUCUAAAGUCCACUCCUUUUUUUUUUUUUUUUUUUGGUCUUUUUGUUUCCAAAAGGACGCUGCACUUCUGGAUUAUUACCUUGAACGAGGACGCUAUCUUAGAAGACUUAGGUUGUUGAGGCAUUUUGAAAUUACUGGACAUCUACUGGAGUUGACCAGCUUGCCCUCUUCAACAGUGAAUUAAUGUUGUAAAUCUUCCCCCCCCCAAAUGUACGAACAUCUGCUCUUGCAGUCCAUCCUGAAUCUGCAGAGUGCAGAUGAUGAACAUCUCUGACUCCAUUUAUCUGAACAUUUGUCACUUUUUAAGUCUUUGAAACAACCCGAUUUAAGAGGAACUCUUUUCUAUGGCUGGCCUGCUUCUAAAAGUAUCGGCUUCAUUUCUGUUAUCUCUUAGUUGGUUGUUCAUGGGAUAAACUCCCCGCCCCCUUAACUCCCAGAGCAGAUUCUACGUGUUAUCGAUUGUGUCCAUAGUCAGUUCCUGUAUUGAUGUGGCAUGCCAUGUAAAUAUGCAUUUUCGAGUGAGUGCGGAAAAAAUAAAGAGGCACUGUUUCAUAA